GAGUACCAUACUCGCUCCCUGUUCUUGUUCCCCUCGCGUCUCCACCACAGGAAAGCUUCUUUCUUUCCCCAUUUCCCAUCGCCUCCCCAGCAAACCCGAUCUACAAAACCUAGAUCAAUAAAAACAUCCUCUAAACCAUAGACCUCGCCGCCGCUCCAUGCCGGCCCGAGGACACCACAGGCAUGGUGAUCUCUAUAGAGAAGUCGCCCCGUCGCCCGGACUAGGCAACGCUCUUGUCUGGUGGCUCUUCCCGACGGCAGCCGGCGACUACUCCGACCUCCACCACUCGAGACCAAGCAUACCAGAUGCACGCAUGGAAGUCGCCCGCUCCGUGUGAGUACCUUUCCUCAUCCUCCAAGCAGGCAGAGGUGGUAACUCAUGAUGUCUCACCAAUGUCAACACACUCGUCUCCACUCAUCUCGGCUCGUAAACCUCCUGGUUGGCAUAUACAGUUUUUCAUCAGAAUAGAUCUGGGGGGUUCUUACCACACGUAUCCUCAUCUGGGGGGGCCAUUCCGGAGCUUGGAGGAAGCUGAAAAGGCUAUCAAAAGCCAUCUUGAUGGCCUGCGCUCUCCAAUAAUGUGCAGAGAUGGGCUAUCGUCGGCGGAGGUUGCAGUGCGACAUCGCCUUUACUGGCCUGAUGGCACAAGGAAGAAGUCGUUCGAAGGCAAUCCCGGGCGUAGGAAUAUGAACCUAUUGGUUCAAGCUUUACUGGAUAAAUACAAUGAAGACCACCAUCUUUUGGGGAAUCUUGCAUAUGAACUUGAUAAUGUUGUGUGCUCCCGACAAAUUUACGAGAAGGAGGGCGGCCUUAUUAACAAAUUCUAUCAUAUCAAUUUGACUGCAAAAACCAAAGGAGAUGAUGGUUUUCACGUCGACAAUCUAUUCUUUGGUGAAAUCACACGAAUAGAAGGCGAAAAUGAAGAAUACAUGCUCAAUUGUUUCUGUAUGGUUAAACCUAUUGACAAUGGCGGAUGCUCAGGUUGUACGAAGUACGGGGAGUAUGAUUUGAAGCACCCUGUUGAUGCUGAUAAAUACAAAGGUGGCCACUCUACCCCGGCCAUUCAAUGUCGUGGUAUCAAUCAUAUUCCUUUCUUGCAACCGGAUGUACCUGUAUACAUCCGGAAUAAGCAGGAUUGGUUGGAGUUUGAGAAGGCUAUGUUGGCGAAGGAGGAGGCUAAGAUAAGAUAUAUAUAUGAGUGCCCUGCUGAUUCUCCUAUUCAAGCAAAAGUGGAUGGUGCAAGAAUGCCUGCUGGUUUGGCCAAGGGACAAGAGGAUGCUGGUUUGGCCAAGGGACGAGAGAGUGCUGGUUUGGCCAAGAGAGGAGAGGGUGCUGAUUUGACCAAGAGAGGAGAGGAUGCUGGUUUGGCCAAGCGAGAGGAUCACCAGGGAAGCGUGAAGUACGUUGUACCUGCUAGGCGUGGGGUGUUGUUUUGAGUAUCCCCUCAGGUCUCAUGGACUUGACUACAUCUACAUGGCGAAGACAGCAUAGCAAUCUAUGGGAAUGUAGUUUGUUGCCACACUUUCUAUCAUAAUUGCUGUUUUUUUUAAUUUCCAGUAUCUUUUGAGAAGGAUUGAACUCGUCGUGCAUCAUCAUUUGGAAUGUUGUCGCUGUAUUGGUAGCAUGUAUGAUAAAGUUUGGUCGGAUUUUAUAUUGCUAUGGUACUGGAAUCGGAUGCACUUCCCAAUUUUAUCAGUUGUAGAUGAAGUUUGUAAUCCAGAAGUUGUGAUCUUGUAUGUUGAAAUAUACUCAACCAAUAAAUCCUUUCAGUCCA